ACAAGGACCCCCCCGCCCACAAGAAGGUCUCCAGCCUCACCAUCAAUUUCGGGCCGCAGCACCCGGCUGCCCACGGGGUCCUGAGGUUGGUGAUGGAGCUGAGCGGGGAGACGGUGAGGAGGUGCGACCCCCACAUCGGGCUGCUGCACCGCGGCACCGAGAAGCUCAUCGAGUACAAAACCUACCUGCAGGCUCUGCCGUAUUUCGACCGCCUGGAUUACGUCUCCAUGAUGUGCAAUGAGCAGGCCUACUCUCUGGCCGUGGAGAAGCUGCUCAACAUCCGCCCGCCUCUCAGGGCUCAGUGGAUCCGAGUGCUCUUUGCAGAAAUAACCCGGCUGCUCAACCACAUCAUGGCCGUCACCACGCACGCGUUGGACAUCGGGGCCAUGACUCCGUUCUUCUGGAUGUUCGAGGAGAGGGAGAAGAUGUUUGAGUUCUACGAGCGCGUUUCGGGGGCGCGGAUGCACGCAGCCUACGUCCGCCCCGGCGGCGUGCAUCAGGAUUUGCCCCUGGGGCUGAUGGACGACAUCUACGAGUUCGCAAAGAACUUCUCCACCCGGGUGGAUGAGGUGGAAGAGAUGCUCACCAACAACCGCAUCUGGAAGAACCGCACCAUCGACAUCGGGGUCAUCACGGCGGAGGAGGCGCUCAACUAUGGGUUCAGCGGGGUGAUGCUGCGGGGCUCAGGGAUCCAUUGGGACCUACGUAAGACGCAGCCCUACGACGUCUACGACCAGGUGGAGUUUGAUGUCCCCAUCGGCUCCAGGGGCGACUGCUACGACCGCUACCUGUGCCGCGUGGAGGAGAUGCGGCAGUCCCUGCGCAUCAUCCUGCAGUGCCUCAAUAAGAUGCCAGAGGGGGAAAUCAAAGUGGAUGACGCCAAAAUCUCUCCUCCCAAGCGCGCAGAGAUGAAGACCUCCAUGGAGUCCCUCAUUCACCACUUCAAGCUCUACACCGAGGGCUACCAGGUGCCACCCGGCGCCACCUACACGGCCAUCGAGGCCCCCAAGGGUGAAUUUGGCGUCUACCUCGUCUCUGAUGGCAGCAGCCGUCCGUAUCGCUGCAAGAUCAAAGCACCGGGCUUUGCUCACCUGGCCGGCCUGGACAGGAUGUCCCAGGGCCACAUGCUGGCGGACGUGGUGGCCAUCAUCGGCACUCAGGACAUCGUUUUUGGGGAGGUGGAUCGCUGAGGUUUCGCGCUCGGUUCAUCCGCGUCCUUUCCGCGCUGCGAUCUGAGUUGAAUAAAAGCUAAAACGGA